CAAAAUCAACUUUUCAGCAAUACUUGGUGCUUGGUUUGUGUUUGUGUGUGUGUGUGUGUCUGUGAGAGGAGGGACAGUGAGAACUGAGAACUGAGAACUAAGGAGUGGGUGAGCUAGCUUGCUAGCUCUAUCCUCUGUGUUCCUCCAAACACUUCAACAAAUCAUGGGUUCAUGGGACAAUGCAAGCCCUGAGGUUGAUCAGCCGCUCGACAUUGAGCACGGCAGUCAUGUGGACAAGACUCGAUCAGUGCUAGAUAUACCUGAGCCUCCCAGUCUGUGGCAUGAGCUUAUGGACGAGUCAUCUUCAUCUUUCAGAGCUAAACUACAACCUCGGUCUGUGGUCUUAUUCUUCGAAGGCCUUUUUCCAAUCCUGAGUUGGGGUCGUAAGUACAAGUGUUGGAAGUUUAAGAGCGAUUUGAUGGCUGGUUUAACUCUUGCUAGCCUUAGCAUUCCACAGAGUAUUGGGUAUGCAAGUUUAGCAAAGCUUGAUCCUCAAUAUGGGCUCUACACAAGUCUUGUGCCACCUCUGAUCUAUGGUUUAAUGGGGAAUUCAAGUGAGAUAGCCAUCGGACCAGUGGCAGUGGUUUCUCUCCUAUUGUCUUCCAUGAUUCAGAAAGUAGUAGAUCCUGUGGCUGAUCCCAUUACUUAUAGAAGAAUUGUUUUCACCACAACCUUCUUUGCUGGUACCUUUCAAGCUACAUUUGGACUGUUCAGGUUGGGUUUUCUUGUGGAUUUCCUAUCACAUGCAGCCGUUGUUGGUUUCACUGGGGGUGCAGCAAUCCUCAUAUGCAUGCAACAGUUGAAGGGUCUACUUGGAAUCACUCACUUUACUAACAAAACUGAUGUCAUCUCUGUCUUAGAGGCAGUUUGGAGAUCAAUCCAUCAUGCACAGUGGAGCCCUCUUAGCUUUCUCCUUGGGUGCUCAUUCCUGAUUUUCAUCUUGAUCACAAGGUUUCUGGGUAGAAGGAACAGGAAAAUCUUCUGGCUACCUGCCAUUGCUCCUCUCAUAGCUGUUAUUCUAUCAACUCUAAUAGUUUUCCUAACAAGAGCUGAUAAGAAUGGAGUUCAAAUAGUGAAACACAUCAAAGGAGGGUUGAAUCUAAAUUCAGCUCCACAGUUAAUAUUCAAUGGACCACAUGUUGGAGAAGCAGCAAAAUUUGGAUUCAUCUCUGCCAUCAUUGCUCUCAUGGAAGCAACAGCUAUCAGCCGAUCAUUUGCAGCCACAAAAGGUUACCACCUUGACGGGAAUAAGGAAAUGUUAGCAAUGGGCGUCAUGAAUAUUGUGGGUUCUUUAAGUUCAUGUUACGUGGCAACUGGUUCUUUCUCACGCUCAGCGGUUAAUUUUAUGUCGGGCUGUCAAACAGUGGUCUCAAAUCUCAUCAUGGCUGUAAUGGUGCUUAUAUCAUUAGAGCUGUUCACUGGGCUUCUAUACUUCACUCCAAUUUCAAUCCUUGCAUCGGUUAUUCUAUCUGCACUUCCAGGACUAAUUGACAUCAAUGAAGCUUACCACAUUUGGAAGGUUGAUAAACUAGACUUCCUUGCUUGUCUAGGAGCAUUCUUUGGGGUGUUGUUUGCAUCAGUGGAGAUUGGUCUUUUAGCUGCGGUAACCAUCUCAUUUGGGAGGAUCCUACUGUACACAAUUCGACCUCGCACAGAAGUCCUUGGAAGGCUCCCAAGUACCGAUAUCUUCUGCAGCAUUAGUCAAUAUCCUAAUGCUGUUAAGAAUCCUGGCAUCCUUAUAGUCCGCAUACAGUCAUCUCUUCUCUGUUUUGCAAAUGCCAAUUAUGUGAGAGAAAGGAUAAUGAAGUGGGCAAUGGAGGAAGAAGGAAAAGGGAAGGAAACAAAAGCAAAUGAAAAAGGAAGGAUUCAAGUAUUAAUCCUAGAUUUGUCCAACUUGAUGAACAUUGACACUUCAGGAAUCCAUGCAUUAGAAGAACUGCAUAAGAAGCUUGCUUCCCAUGGUAUAGAGUUAGCCAUGGCCAACCCUUGGACCCAAGUUAUUCACAAGUUAAAGUUGGCCCAGUUUGUGGAGAAGAUUGGAGAACAGGUCUUCCUUACUGUUGGUGAAGCUGUUCAAGCAUGCCUUCCAAAUAUCAAGGAUCCAGUGAUGGUCUCUCUUUGAGAGAGGGCUUUUAUGUGGUUUAGUAAGUUUGAUG